AGUUGGCGGGCACUUGGCUGUACGGCACCAAGCCCUCGGAGUACCACCUGCGUGUGGCGCCGGAGGGCCGCCUUCGCUACGACGAGACACACGCCUCGGGGAAGAAGGUCUCCGGCCGGCUGAGCCCACGGGGCGGCUGGUACCAGGGCGACGUGGCCGACGAGCACGGUGCCCAGAUCGGCACUGUCCGAUUGCGCCUGGACGAGGCGCGCAGCCAGGCCGUGUCCAACUUCAGGACAUCGGGAGACACAGCCUGGAGCAAGGACAUCGUGGCGCGCGCUGCCGAGGUUGCUGCCGCCGACGGGGGUGCUGCGCGUCGCCCAUCCCUCAAUUUCUGAGGCAGCCUGUGGUGCCUUGGAGACCCUUGUUACACCCUCUGGUCCAACCCUCCAGGGAGGGAGGCGGAGGGCGGACCGACCCGGAGCUUUGUGCUGGGUGCGGCGGGGGCUCCCCCCCGAGCCGCGCCACGCUGGGGAGACCUCCCGCGGCCAGCGCCCUGCGCAGCGCGGCGCGCGGGGCCGCCAGGCGCGGAGCCUCGCGCCAGGAGGCCAC